AUGGCGGCGUCCCCAAAACCGAAACCGAUGGAUACAAUCGAAGUUCCGCUCAACGAAUUUUGCGUCAUCAAGCCCACCCCAGCUAAAGGAUACGGUGUAUUUGCUACACGCAACAUCCCCCAGGGUACGCGAGUUCUUUCGGAAUCGCGCAUCUUGAACUUCCCCGGGACUGCUAUGGAGCCUUGGGGACUGACAAAGGACGCCCGUGAUGCGUUGGUGAAGUCCAUCGGCCAUCAAUUGAGUAGCCUAGCCAAGGAGCAGCAACGCGAGUUCUUCGCCCUUGCGAACGCACACAAAGAGAAACUGGGAGCAUUCCUCGGGAUCGCAGUGACCAAUGCAAUCAUCAUGGACUACGAGACCAAGGAACAUGGGGUCUUUCUUCAGGCUGCUCGUUUCAAUCAUGCAUGCCGUCCUAACGCAAUGAGAACAUUCCAUCCCAUCCUCGAUCAAGUCGUAAUCCACGUCGCAAAAGAUGUGUCGGAGGGCGAAGAGAUAACCGUGAGCUAUAUCGAGCCGGCACAUGUCUUUUCACUUCGAGUGCAACUGUUGAAGGCCAAAUUCGGGUUCACUUGCGUUUGCGAGCUGUGUGUUCUCCCCGUACGCGAACGAGAAAUCAGCGACUUGAGGAUCAGUACAAUUAUCUUGCUCUUCAACUCUAUCCGAAAUGAGACUGUAAUCAUGAACGAGCCUUUAGCAUCUCUUCACAAUACACAUACCGCGAUGCUGCUUCAAAAGGAAGAGGGUAUUUUGGAGAUUCUCGCGUCAACAUUUUACUACGACGCCGCGACCAUCCUAUCACAAUGGGAACGCAAGCGCUGGUAG